AUGGCGUACAUUGUCAAAGUCAAAGUCAAAGGUGUCCCUCUUUCUGCCAGGUCUCGCUCUUGUCCUCUCUUUACCACAGAUUACUACCCUAAGCAGAGCCAAUACAAACAAUUCAGGUACUGCUUUCAUUCAGCAGCUGCAUCUGUGGGCUCUGUGUUUGUGACCGAGGCCCUUCAGACGGCGACUGCACUGACUGAUGCUGCGUAUGCUCGCACGAGUGAAAGGGGGAAGAAGUCUCUGUCUGAAGGCACCCUGAAGCCCAGUGACCUACUGUCCCACUUCAAACAAACAGAGGCCAGAACCAAGAACCACAUCAGGGCUGCGGAACUCCUGGACAACACAGUGGAGCUGAUCAGAGAGAUGGUCUACACUCACACUAUGGUUCAGACCAACUCUCAUGCACAUGGUGAACUGUUUUUCACCGGGAGCCCCAGAGUCAGUCAACAUGAGCGAUUGUUACUGUUACUUCUGCUAUUUCCUGUAGAGUUGCUGAGCGAAACAGAUGUGGAAAAUCUGCUGCACGUGACGGGCUGUUCUGCCGAAACACAGAGGCCGAGCUGUCAGAGUGGCUGUCUGUCUGAGCGCUACAGGUCCAUCACAGGGGAGUGUAACAACAGACAGCACCCCAGAUGGGGGGCUGCAAACAUCCCAUACUCUCGCUGGCUCCCUCCUGAGUAUGAAGACAUGUGGGGGAAGCCCAGAGGCUGGGAUCCAGGUCACACCUACCAUAAUGUCAGCCUGCCUCCAGUGCGUCUGGUUUCUCAGGAGGUGCUGUUCACUCACAACGACAACAUUUCUCUGGACUCCACCCUGUCUCACCUGCUGGUGGAGUGGGGUCAGUGGGUAGACCAUGACGUGGUUCUGACACCUCAGAGUCCCAGUACGGCCGCGUUCAAGAGUGGAGCCGACUGCACACACACCUGCAGCAGGGAAACUCCCUGCUUCCCCAUACAGAUACCUCUGUCCGAUCGCCGUUAUGGCGUCCAGGAUUGCAUGCCCUUCUUCAGAUCUGCACCCAGCUGUGGUGCAGGAGUUCUCCAUCGUCCUCACAGAGAGCAACUCAACGCCAUCACUUCCUUCGUGGACGCCAGCAUGGUGUACGGCAGCUCCACCACUUUGGCAUCCUCUCUCAGAAACCACUCCUGCCCUCUGGGAUCAAUGGCCGUAAACCUCCAUCACUCAGACCGGGGGCUGCCCUACAUGCCCUUCCUGCCCCGUCGGCAGGCGCACCUGGACCCCUGCGGCCCUCGAAACUCCACCGCCUCGGAGGGUGCAGGCAAAUCCACGCGUGGGGAAAACACCACUUCCUGCUUCCAAGCUGGUACGUAACUGAGGGUGCACAACCGUCUGGUCGAAGAGCUGCGGCUCCUCAACCCCCACUGGAGCCCUGACAUCCUCUACCAGGAGGCGCGGAAAAUCAUAGGAGCCAUUCAUCAGAUCCUAACGUGGGACCACUACCUGCCCCAGAUUCUCGGUGAUACUGCCAUGUCCCUCCUGAUGCCUCCUUACCAGGAUUAUAAUCCCGAAACGGAUCCAAGCAUAGCAAACAUGUUUGCAGCAGCAGCAUUUCGUUUUGCCCACGUCACAGUGCACCCGGUGGUUACCAGGCUGGGUCCGGAGUACACGCCAAAUUCCCAGCAUCCUCCUCUGCCCCUGCACCAUUCACUUUUUGCCUCUUGGAGGAUUGUGCAGGAAGGUAAAGAUGAGUGCAUUUGGGUUUUUUUUUUAAUUAAAGGUACUGUCAGUUUUCCUGAAGUCUGUGUUCGUUUCCUCUCAGGUGGUAUAGACCCUGUCCUGCGUGGUCUGUUGUUGUCUCCAGCCAAGCUGCAGACCCCGGGUCAGAUGAUGGUGGAGGAGCUGACAGAGAGACUGUUUCAGGCACAGGGCGGAAUGCCCCUGGACCUGGGGUCCUUGAACCUCCAGAGGGGCAGAGACCACGGCUUGCCUGGCUACAGCUCAUGGCGCCGUUUCUGUGGCCUCUCCGUUCCCUCCUCCACGUCAGACCUGGCUGACAUCUUCGGAAAUUCCACUUUGGCUCACAAACUAGAGCUCCUCUACGGGACACCCCACAACAUCGACGUGUGGGUGGGAGCCAUCUCUGAGCCCGCUCUGCCUGGAGGUCGAGUUGGACCGCUCCUGGCCUGUCUGCUGGCCAAACAGUUCAAAGCCCUGAGAGACGGAGACAGGUUUUGGUGGCAAAGGGAAGGAGUGUUCACCAGCUCUCAGAGGAGACACCUAGAGGCUGUAUCUCUGUCACGCAUCAUCUGUGACAACACCCACAUCGCCGCCGUUCCGGCUGACCCCUUCAUGCGCACUGAGAAACCGGAGGACAUGCUCCCUUGUUCCCACUCCCUCAUUCCACACCUGGACCUCAGCCCCUGGAAAGAACCAGACACAGAUCCUUUUUGUGGUCCAAUACCCAGGAUACAGUCGGGCUUCUCCCUGCUGUGUGAUGCUGUGAUUCUGUAUCAGUGCCAACUGGGCUUCAAGCUGCUGGGUUCUUCCUCCGUCAGCUGUGACCCAAACAGCCUCCACUGGAGUUCUGCACCUCCAACAUGUCAAGACAUUAACGAAUGUGAGGAACAUGUUGCCCCUUGUCCUCCAAACCAAGAGUGUUCCAACACACCAGGCUCCUUUGUCUGCUCAGAGCCCUCCUCGCCGACCGCCAUCGCCAUAGUCACCGCAGUGAUGGUAGUUAUUGGUGGUGUGGCCCUAGUGGUGGUGAUCGUGGUCUGUUAUCAGAGAUAUUUUGGCAGGAAGGAAGAGUUGGUUAUUACUGCAUCAACGGAGUGUUGCCAAGAUAAAAGUUAAAAUGUAUUUGACAGCGAAGCAGUGGGCGUGCGUUAAACCAUUUGACCCCGACUGGAAAGUAAAGCCUUCUGAAAAUAGGUCAUGUUAUUGUACUGUAACAAUUAUCACUCAAGUGUAAUGUAUUGAAAUGACUAACAACCAUGAGUCAUCGCAAAC